AUGAAUCCCGAGAGUGAUGCAGCUUUGGCCACCAAGAUUCCGAGGCGGAAAAAAGUGUUUCAGCGACGACUUCAUGACCAGCUUUCCGAGUCGAGAAUGCUAGAAGAAGAAGAUAUGAAUAACACGCAAAGCGAAGACGAAGAAGAGCUCGUUUGUGUGUCCAAAAUGGUCAAGGUGACGGAUGGAGAGCCUGUCAUUCCGAAAAGCUCGAAAGUCCAGGUGGGCGGCGUGCUAAAGACUGUGCGGUACAUCCAUAUACAGCGCGCGAUGAAGCCUGUGCAGCACGAGAACCAGACGGAACAUUGA